UAUCGCGCACGCUGGUGUAGCAUCAGAAAAAGCUUACGGCAAGAGUUGACAGAGGUCGGUCAUUUCAUUCACACAAACCGCACGAUGGACGCAGGUAUUCAAGCCAAGAAAAGAAAAAGGAAUGGAUACGAUUCUGUAAAUACUAGCCCCACCCACCCAGGCUACAAACCUGACUAUGAUGAUACUGAAGGAAGCACAAGCCUUGUGUUCUCUGUCAAAGAAGAAGUUGGAGCUCUAGCUAAGGCCCUGAAAAUCUUUGAAGUACAUGGGGUUAAUCUUAUCCACUUGGAAUCAAGGCCGAAGAAAUCAGAUGUUCAUUGCCAUGAGUAUGAGUUUUUUGUGGCAGCAGACAACUUGAAGGGAGGCUUAAAGGAAGCUAUUUCAGACCUUGAAAAAUCUACUAAGUCCUUCCAGGUCUUGUCCAGAGGACUGAAACAUGAGAAGAAUGAAAUGCCCUGGUUUCCUAGGAAAAUUUCUGACUUGGAUCGCUUUGCCCACCAGAUUCUGAGCUAUGGAUCUGAGCUGGAUUCAGAUCAUCCUGGGUUCACAGAUCCAGUAUACAGGGCAAGAAGGAAGGAGUUUGCUGACAUCGCAUUUAAUUACAAACAUGGACAGCCCAUUCCUCGUGUGGAGUACACAAAACAAGAGCGUGAGACAUGGGGCACCAUCUUCAGUGAGCUGACCAAGCUGUACCCCACCCAUGCCUGUCAUGAGUUCAACUAUGUGUUCCCUCUGCUGGCUGAGAACUGUGGCUACAGCAAGGAUAACAUCCCACAGCUGGAGGAUAUCUCUAACUUCCUGAAAGACUGCACUGGGUUCAGACUGAGACCAGUGGCUGGACUGUUGUCAUCAAGAGAUUUUCUGGCAGGCCUAGCAUUCCGUGUGUUCCAUUCUACCCAGUAUAUUCGUCAUCAUUCUAGACCGAUGUACACACCAGAGCCUGAUCUCUGCCAUGAAAUUCUUGGGCAUGUCCCAUUGUUUGCCGACCCAGCCUUUGCCCAGUUCUCACAAGAGAUUGGAUUGGCCAGCUUGGGAGCUCCAGACGACUACAUCAAAAAACUGGCUACAUGUUACUGGUUUACAGUGGAGUUUGGUUUGUGCAGACAGGAAGGAAAAGUGAAGGCUUAUGGUGCAGGAUUGCUGUCAUCUUUUGGUGAACUGCAGUACUGCUUGACUGAUAAACCAGAGAAGCGUUCAUUUGAUCCUGAGAAGACAGGCAUCCAAGAAUACCCCAUCACCAACUACCAGCCUGUUUAUUAUGUUGCUGAUAGUUUUAUCAGUGCUAAGGAGAAAAUGGCGAAAUUUGCUUCUUCCAUUCCUAGACCUUUUGCUGUCCGUUACAAUCCUUACACACAGAGUGUGGAGGUCCUGGAGAACAAGCAUCAGGUGGCAAACCUUACAAGAAGUAUCAGAGGUGAUUUGGGAAUCUUAGAAGAUGCACUGAGCAAAUUGAAAUAAACAAGCCACUACAAACAAAGACCAGUAUAUAUAUAUAUAUAUAUAU